AUGAAUGAAGGACGACGAUUCAUUGCAGAAGUGAAAAAGCACGAAUGCUUAUGGCAAACGUCGCAUGUAGCGUAUGGCGAUAAAGAUGUUAAAACUAAAGCAUGGCAGCAGGUAUUAGAAACAUUACACCCUGAAUGGGAUACGUUACCCAUUGAAGAUAAAAUGAAUAAAGGAAAUGAUGUACAACGUAGAUGGAAAAAUAUUCGUGAUAGUUUCAAAAAAGAAUUAAACAAACAACAGCAAGCCAGUAAAAGAAAUAUAGAGAAACGGAAGAAAUAUAAAUACUUUGAUGAUUUACUAUUUCUUAUUCCACAAUCAGCAGCUUCUGAAAAAUCAGUACAAACAACAUUACUAAUCAAACAGGUAUAUAAUGUGGACGAAAGUGACGAAUGUGAUUCUAAUGAUACACAACCACCAAUAAAACAAAUGCAUCGCGAAAGGGAAGGAAUAUCAACACCUAAUGAUUGCGUGGACACUAAUAAUAUAGCCCCAUCUUCGUCGUGCGAAAGUAAUCAAAAAACUGAAUCAUUUGAAAAAAUCCUUAUAGAUUUCUCAUCAAAUUUUGUACAAGAAUGUCAACCGGAAAAUGUUAGUAAUAGUCGAAUUGGUAUCCAAAGUUUUGUAGAUGUUGCAUUCUUUAUGUCUCUUGUUCCUUCCGUACAAAAAUUAAACGAUGAUCAAAAACUUACUUUUCGAAUGGAAGUAUUAAAUGCAUUGAAAAAAGUACGUAAUAGUUGCCGUGAUGGAUACAGUUAA